GGAAUGCAGGGGAUGGGUGGGAUGCAGGGGUUAGGGAUGGGAUGUCAGGGAUGGGUACGAGAUACAGGGGAUGGAGUGGGAUUCAGAACAUGAGAUACAGCCCUCAUCUCCAUCCCUGCCUCAGUUUCCCUUCCCUGGGGGCACCCAUCCUGGCAUGGCUGUGGCGGUGCGUUUUGGGAACCCCUCCUUCUCUCAGCCACAUGCCAGAGCCCAGCCCAGGCGCUGGGAGCCACUGUGCCGCAGCCAAGCCAAACACAGAUUCCUGACAUAGUUCUCUCUUUCCCUUGCAGCCAAGAAAUUCAUAUUUCAUGGGAGGUGGAAGUGAGUCCCGGCAGUAGCGGCGUGGCGGAGGGGUGCCAAGGUCUGGGUUGAAGGAUGCGGCAGCACCCUGCUGGUGCCUGGCAGUCCUCAGUGCACCGUGCCCAUCCCUGCACCCGGCCCCACAGCACCGUGCCAUGACGGGCAGACAGGAGGCAGCAGCAGGACGGGCGUGUGGGGCUGCGUAGCCCCCUCCCUGGGUACCAUGACUGGAGAGACCCAGCAUGCGUACAACAUCAGUGAGAAGAGCGAGGCUGGCCCCAAAGAGCAGGACAAGGACUUUGGCUUAGAAGGCUGCAGCGAGAAGGAUGGCAGGGGGCUCGGUGGCACCGAGGGGACGUCCUCGUUCGCCUCCACCAAGGACAAGGAGCCCCACAGCCAGCGGGAAGCCGUGAUCCGGCCGCAGCAAGCGGGGAAGAUCGACUUCAAAUCCCUCCACAACAACCCCAAGUUUGCGGGUGAGAGCGGUUGGGGCGGAAUCAAGGGCGGCCCCCAGUCCCCUCCAGGCAAAGGCCGAACCCGCGAGCGCAGCCGGCGAGCAGGGAAGGGCGAACGGGGCCAGCACCAGCUCUACCGCCUCAGCAUUGCCAGCACUCGCCCCAGCCCCACCAUAGGCAUCGCCUACCCCCAGCAGAAGGUGACCCCCCCGAAAGCACCCGACCCCGGCCGAGCUCCUGCAGCGGGCGCUUACCGCUUCCACACACCCAGCGUCCCCGAGGAGGAAGAGCUGAGCUUUGGCCGCUGCUUCCCUGAGGCAGCUGCCGGCCGUACCUCUGCCAACUAUACCUCACCGCCCCACGGCCCCAAAGGGCAGCCCCCUCCCGGCGUGCCCCUCAAGAGCCCCGGCACCAAUGGGCAGCUACAUUACUUUGAGUUUCAGGCGAACGGGGCCAACGCGUGGCCCUCUCCGGAGAAGAGCUUCGCAGGUGCUAGCUAUGGGGUCAAGCCCAGCUCUUUCUCUGAGGGUGGCAAAGCAGGCGGCCACUCUCUGGGCACUUUGCCCUAUCAGUUCCCCUUCCAGCUGCUGCACGAGGCGGGGAAGGAGCCGUACCGUGGCGAUGCUGAAUACCUGGAUGUGGCCAUUGCCACUGGGCAAGCGGCUCACGGAGCAUUCAGCUUCCAUUCAUCGUCUGUCCGCGACUGGCAGGAGGAGACACCAAGUGUUGGCCCCUUCGAGGGUGCGUGCCCCUCAGGACGGCUGUAUGGUGUGCCCCCGCUGCUGGCCCCACUGCCCACCCCACACCGCAGCCCACUGCCGUGCUAUAAGGGCAGGAGCGAGCAUCCCACCGACCCCAGUGGUGCUCUCUCAUCCUCUGGUGCUAUCGACCAAAACCCAAGCACUUUCCAAGAAAACCAAGCUGUUUUUCCGUCUAGUUUACACUCGCCUAGUGUGCCAAAGCCAGUCGGUAAGGGGCAAGCCUCAGCCAAGGACAGUGUGCCCAGCCCACGGCUGCUGCUGCAGAGCAGCCCCCUUCGAAGGAACAUGCCACCCAAUCUCUCACAAGUGCACUUUCAGAGCAAAGCCUAUUGCAGCCCCCCCGCGGGUAGCGUGGGAUCAGUGCCUUUUGAGACCGGCAUUCCUUCCCCGGCGCCCACCCACCCCCGACUCAUGCAAGCCUGGGGAGGGGCCGCAAAGGUGUUUUCCCCCAUGGACCAGAACUCAGCACCUUAUUCAAACCCUGUUGGAAGCCAGUUCUCCUUCGAGUGCCAGCCUGGCCCUGAGCAGAGGCAGCAAAGGCCGAAAAAUGCCAGGAUGCCCUGGCAGCAGAUACACCUCGCUCCCGCGGUUCCCACUCCCAACAGGAUGGAGCUGCCAAGAGCAAUCCCUGGCCAGAAGCUGCCUUUCCCUCUCGGCACCCCAGAGUGGCCAGGCAGUGGCAAAGCCCACAAAGGUCCCCCCCUCAGCAGCCCCUCGGGGUACCACAGCAAAAAGCUCGUAUCGGGAGACAGUCUUGGGGCACAGCAUGGGGACCCUGCCUCUGUGGGUGCUUUUUCUUUCGACAGUGGCAAGGAUCCGGGGUCUCCCAGCUGCGACUUGAGAAGCAAAGCCCUCUUCUAUGGCAUGAACCAGGCAGGGCCGCCUCCUGCUCCUCCUGCCUCCAGGAGCUCAUCAGGCUCAGCACUCGUCCUGCCACCAUCAGCCUUGGUGGCCACCUCCCCAUGUGAAUCCCCGCUGCCUUCCCCCAUCCCCAAUCCCACCUGUGGCAGCACCUGCUCCUCGCUCUCCCCUGUGUCCAGCAGCCCGCUCAAUCCCAGCUUUGACGAUGGCCAGAUGCCUACAGCGCUUGCCCCUUCACCCUUCUUCCACCACCCGUGCCAUCCAAAGGAGGGCAGCAAAAGCUUCCACCCCUCCGAGGUGCUGAGCUCAGCCUCUCUCCAUUACCACCCUCAGGACCCUGCCAAGCCCUUCCACUACCCUCCUGACACCCUAAAGGAUGACAACCUCCUGAAGUGCUCCCCGGAGAGCCCCUUUCACAAACCAGGUGUGGAAGUGGCCAAAAGCUGCUUGGAGGAGUUGGAUGGGGGCACCCCCCCACCACCACCCUACACAUCCCAUCACCUGCUGGCUGGCUCGCUCAGCAGCGCCAGCCUGGACCAACUGGAUGUGCUGCUGACCUGCAAGCAGUGUGACCAGAACUACAGCAACUUGGCUUCUUUCCUGGAGCACCGCCAGUUCUGCACAUCCCACCCUGAGGCCAAAGAGGGACGGCGAGCCCCUGAGCCCCCCAAGCCACCCACCAGCGUGCCAUUGUCUCCAGAUCCCCAGACCCCUUUGUUGGCGCUGAACAAGGGUGAGGAGUUUCUGUUGGAUGGGGAAAGCAAGAGUGAAGGCAAAGAGGAUGCUCUGAAGGGUGGUCUCUUCAAUGCCAGCUCGCUGCCACUCACCGCCUCCGACCUGGACAUCGACGACGCCAAGCUGGACAGCCUGAUCACUGAAGCUCUCAAUGGCCUGGGCUACCAGUCAGACAACCCGGAGAUUGACAGCAGCUUCAUAGAUGUCUUUGUCGAUGAGGAUCUAACAGCAGUGAAGGCUGCCGGCAGCGUGUCAUCCCACAGAGCAAAGGAAGGUCCGGCCUCAGAGAGCAAAAUGAAGCAUCUGGCCACAGAGGAGAAAGGCGCGGGCCAACCCAAGGAUGCUUACUGCUCUGCAGACAGCCAGUGGGGCAAAGAGCGGGCAAAGAGGCGAGCGGGAAGGCAGCACACUCACAAGAGGAGGCCGGCACGAAGGCUGGCAGCCCGCGAGACCGAGCAGACAGAACAAGUGGUGGAGGAGAAGACAGCCAGACCAAGGGCGGGCAGGAAGAACAACAUUCCACCAGCAUCCUCAAGGCCAGCCUCCAGCCAAAAGCAGCCCAAGAAGUUCAACCAGGAGCCUCAGGGCGCUUCCUCCAAGAGCCCCAAGCCACCUCGGUUCUCCAUGAAGGAGGUGAAGAAGAGGAAGGCCCGCAGCGGGACGUGGAGCAAGGAGCUCAUCCACAAGAUCGUGCAGCAGAAGAACAAGCUCCACCAGCUGCACACGAAGAGCAGCAAGCUGCCCACGCUUGCUGGGAGGCCAGCACCGGGCACCCAGGAGGGCCGGUUCCAGGAAUAUGAGUACAUCUCCGACUCGGAGGAGGAAGGAGCAGCGUGCAGCAAGCUCCGUGGAAGGAGAAAGCGGGGAGCAGCAUUUUUGGGGAGAGCCAAAUAUGGCUUCAGCAAGAAAUGCCCUGGGAGAGGCGAGAGAACCAAAGAGAAAGAUCCAGCCUGGAGUUACAGCCGGAGAAGAAACCGCCGGAAAAGGGAGGCACCAGAGCACAGCAGGCUCUCCAGUCCAGAGACGGCCAAGAAAGGGGACAGUUCUGGCAGAGCCUGCAGGCGCAGCAGCCAGUUGUCCAUGGGCAGCAGUCCCAGAACCAGUGCUUGCACCAAGGCUGGUCCCAGUGAGCCAGAAAGCAAGAAGGCGGGUAUGAAGGGGACAAGGUGCUCAGGCAGCCUGGCACUGACACCGCCAGCUGUACUCAGCCACACUGAGGACAGGAGCCCAAAGACAAGCCAGAAAAGCAAGGAGGACUUUUCCCAAGGGAGCAGGCGGGUAGGCUCAGCCAAGCCUUUGGUGGCAGCCUCCAGAACACAUCUAAGUACCAAAGCAGAUGCUGCCGCUGCAGGAGAUGCAGAGGAGGAGCCGCUACCACAGACCCAGGAGAGGCAGCUGCCAAGCACAGCCACCUUGGGAAGAAGCCCCAUCAGACUGUCCCAUAAGGAGGAGGCAGAAGAGCCUGAAGGAGCGGCAAACCCCACAGGUGAGGCAAGAGAGCCUGCCUUUGAGGCUCAGGGCUCACCCGGGUCAGAGGUGGUCAUCCAGAGGCAACACUUUGCUCCAUACACAGGUGAUGCACUCAAAUACCACGCAGAGGAGCUGAUGUCUCCGGCCCAUGGUGGGGAUGGAUCCAGCCCCAGUGCCACCUACUCAGCUGGGGAGGCACCCGGGCUCAGUGACAGUGGGAAGGGCUAUGCCGUGCAGGCCGCCCCAGUCAGUGAUAAUGCUGUGGGAACGAUGCUGGCCAAAGCGCCUGAUCCAUACGUCAGCAGUGACAACACUUUUUUUGAUCCCAAAGGCCUUCCUGCUCACUACGAUGCCAAUCUCUUCUCAAAGCCACCGCCCUUGGGACCCUCGCACAUGGAGGGUAUGUAUUUAUGCCAAGAGGGCAUCAAUGCUGGUUCCUUCGAGCAGAAGCACGCCAGCGUCUCCCCUUACACCACAGAGACUCAACAGACUAAGGCCUCCUCCCCUCUCAGCUUCGAUUCCUCUUCCAUUUUUGGAGAGCUGCCAGUGGCCGAGUUCGAUUCACCGCUGUACGAGACGGUGCCUGCGAGCAAGGACAGCUAUGUGACAGCAUUUGCCUGUCCUGGAGGUGACCCCAGCAAGCCGCUGCCCUUUGAGCAGCCGUACUCAGCAUUCAUGCCAGAGAAGGACUGGUCCCUCAUGGAGGAGGUGGCUCCAAUGCUGCCUGAAGACAUGGCUCCCUUCCACGACUUGUCAGUGGACAAGCCACUUGCCAAGAAAUUCCCUGAGGAGGGACCCAUCCCCGCCAGCCAGCUGCCUCUGCCGGACAGGAUAACAGAUUACAACGUGGCUUUCAUGAACCACAUAUCAGAUGAUGAGCUGGAGAUCAAGCGCUUAGUGACAGAGCUGGAGAGUCAGCUGCAAACCAGCAAGCUGAGCAGCGAGGUGCCAACCACCCUGCAGAAAGGUGAGCAUCACGCUGCUGCAGCCCUGCGGGGACCGGCUGAGCCCUUUCCAUCCCUACCUGAAGAGCCAGGGAUGGGCCACCAGAGGGGGCUCUUUGUGGCAGAUGACAUGGGCAGCUCAAACCUCCUGACCACUGGGGAAAGGCUGGGGGGUGAGAAGCCAGCAGUCACACAUGGAGGCUACGAGGGAGGCAGGGAGCCCUGGCACAGACCCACGGGGUUCGUCUCGCUGGAUGCUGAGAUGUGUACACCAGCCCCUGCAGAUGGAUUUUGUCCCAUGAAGAGCGGGGAGCAGCUGCAGGGACCUGAGGCCACUCAGGGAAGUGACCCCAGAAAGACGGAAAAUGAGUCUUCCUCCAAAAGUCCUCCUGAGUCAUGCGCACCUGACACAAAUGAGGUGCCUGUCUACCCUGCAGACCCCAUUGCAAAAAGCCCUACUGCUGCCACCAGCACCAUGUUCCCCAAGACACAGGAAGUAACCAAAGCUGGAGAGGACAGCCUGCCACCCCUGGCUCACACACGUGAUGCUGAGAGCUUCCCCACACCUGGGAAAACAGGGGAACUCACUGCGGAAUUGGAGAAGUUCGAUGCCAGUCUUCCAAGCCAUAACCCUGAACAAGGCUUUCAGGCAGAUCCAGGCACAGCUGCGGAUCUUGUCUUCUCGCCUCACAUCAAAGAUGUGCCAGAUGCAGAAGAAAGGCCCUUUGGCAAGUCUGAGGCACCCAAAAUGGUGAAGAGUGCUGUGGAUUUCAAUGAGGACAGCAGUGCGUCUGCAUUGCUGGAAGAAGCGGAGGAGAGGAAGAGCCCUACAGCCUUCCUGGCCCCUGGGCUUGCAGAUAGAGGCAGCAAGCACACAGCACGGCUGCUUGACAUGCUGAGCAUACCCAAGCAUAGCUCUCCAAAGACCCCUCAGGAUGCCAACCCGUUGCAGCAGCUCCAGCUCUUCGUGGCGCGGACGGUGAAGAGCAAUGAGGAGGAGAUGCUGCUGCCAUGCUUCCCUGUGCUGCUGGCUUCCGGCCACCCCACUGCCUCCAGCAAGGGCCAGCCAGAGCAGAAAGAGGAGAGCAAUGAUGGGGAAAAUCAGACAUACCACCCUGCCCCAGGGGAAGAGGAUGCCGUGGUGGGCAACGCAGAGAGCAUUGCUGCCCCCGCUAAAGAUGCUGCACUAUUCCCCAGUGCUUGUGAGCAGCUGGAGUCAUUCAGUACAACGGGCUCUUACAGUGCAAAACUAUCCACAUUUGCUGACCCCGAGUUGCAAAAUAACAUAGCAGAUCUGCAGCACUUAGCAAAUGAGCACACGGAGCUGAAUGACAUUAAUAUCCGUGCAGAUGGAGCUUCCCCAGAGCACAGUGACCUCUCACCACUCAAAAGCGCAGCAGUGACCCUGCUGCCAGGGCAAGGAAAGAAAGCUGAUCAGCUCAUGGAAGAGCAGGAACCAGAUAAAAACAAAGCGACCUUGGCAUUUACAAAGCAUGAGCAAUCCCAUUUAAGCCAUAAUGUGCCAGAGAAAGAAACACAAGGCAGCACGACUGCAGAGAUGCUGGGGACAAACGGGAUUGAAUGUGGAGUGUGGUGCGAAGGAGCUGAUGUGCAGGUGUCAGGAUCUGUACAAAGCAAGCACAUGGGAGCAGGCAGUGCUCCCAACAGUCCUACUGACACACUCGGUCCCUCUGGUGAGCUCCAGGUACAUUCUACCUUGCCGCAGGACCCAAAAACCUUCACAGUAAAUACAAAGCUCCCCAGAGAUGGGAACAGCAAGAAAAAGCCCCUCAGCUGUCGUUACACAGAUGAAGCUCUGGCCAGACAGCCCUUGCUGAUGAAUUCUUCCCACCCCAAGCUCUUGCAGAGCAGUGGGACUGAUGGAGAAGGGUCACCUAUCAUUGGCAGUCAACUCUUAGAAGAGAAGAACGCUUGGAGGAUGGAGGGUCCCUGUGAGCCGCGCUCUGCUCCUUGCUCACCAUCUCAAGGUGUUGGGAAAGAAGGACCUGAAAGCGCUGGUGAUGUGCUGCCAGGCUCUUCCUCUAAACAAAACCAAGUGUGUGCUAUCCCAGAUAUGGUCAUUAACUCUGUACCUCCAGAAACUACAAACUACCCAACCCAGCCCAUGACAGAUCUGCUGCUGAUCACAGACAGAGAGGUAAACCUAAAUCAAGAGAAAAAGUUUGAGAACUGCUCCAAUGAUGGCAAUAAGCACCAAAAUGACCCAGAGGCUCUGUCCAGUUGUUUUGUUGCUCUGCAGGUGCCAAGUGCUGUUUGUAGAGGUCUUAAAAGGACUGGAGAUCUUGGCCCCACCGAACUCAGUGACCACCGCUCAGACACAGCAGAAGUGGAAACCGGUGAUCUCUCCAAAAUCACAGAGAAUGGGGAAAAGAGUUUAAAAGGCGAGAAUCCCAAAAGCCACAGGGCUGAGCAUGGCAGAGAAGCUGCGAGUUGCUCACUGAGUAACGCAGACCAAGGAGAGAACAACACAUGUCCCCGUACUCCAAACCCUUCCCAGCAUGAACCCCAUAAAGAAAAGAACCUCGGCGUGCUCCAGGUCACCUGUGACAUCUGCUCAGCCUCUUUCCGCUCCAAGCCCGGCCUGACCAGGCACAAAGCUGUCAAGCACCACGUGAGGAACAGCAGCGUGCUGCAGGCCAGCAAAACUCCUAGGUCUCCCCUGAUCUCUGCAGACCGGACAUCAAAAGCAGCAGCCCAGAAAGUCCCCAGGAAGAGCCUGAAGAUGGUCAAAGAGAAAACCUGCAACUCCCAGACACCAAUUGAAGUGGUUGAGCAUGUCCCCAAGAAAAUAUGCACUGGACUGGAGAAAGAGCCUGGCGCACAGAUGGAGGAGGUGGUCAGCGGAGUGCUGAGCGACCUCAGUGUGAGAUCAUUGGAGAUGUCCCAGGAGCUGCACCACACACGCUUUCUGCACCAGGAGAUGGAGGCAAAGGGGCAGUGCGUGGAGGCAAGGGCAGCAGGGGAGGUGUCAGCUGAAAAGCUGGACCCGGGCAGGCAGGGCAGGAAGGGGGAAAAGGGCAGAAGGAGCCAAAGCAAAGAUCUCGAAGGGAUAAACAGCAAUUCAGAGAAGAAGCUGAACAGGAAAGUGAGACGAAGGAAAGCAAAGGCAUUUGCCAGCAGACACAAGCCUGAUGGUCUAUGUGAGCUGGAGGAGAAUUCAGAUCCUCCCCCUGCUCUCCUCAGUUCCAGCCUGCCCAGUGUCAUGGAGGGCUUGCAUGAGCCUGGUGGUUGCAUCUCUACAGAGGAACAAAACAGGCCCAACUCAUCCCAGCACCCUCAGAACACAAAACAAUCUCCAUGUGCAGCUGAGCUCGCAGAGGACCCAGGUGAUGGAACAGUGUCUUCAAAGGAGAUGGCCAGCAGGGAGCCAACAACAGGCACAGCUGCCUGUCCUGAAGAGAUGGAAGAUCCAGGUCAAGUAGAAAGUAGCACGCAGGCUUGCAAAAUGUGGGUUAGUGGGUUGGCAAAGCAAGUCGGGGAGGGAUUGGGCAAGGUAGGCAAAGAGCAGCAUCCCAGUGCCAACAGCAGGGAAAAGAUGGACACUGAGACACGAGACGGUUUGGGAGGCAGCGGCAACAGGAACUGGAGCAAUGCUCCACAGAGUCCUCCAUCUCCUUCUCAUGGGGUCCCACUGCUGGAGACGUAUGAUCUGGAAGGCUCCCAGAUGUCCCCCAGGCACAGUGCCCUGCAGCCCAUGCCGGCAGCCAGCCCCACAUCUGCAGAGCCAAAGCACUGGGCAAAGGCAGAGCUUCCACCGAGCAGGGAGCACUCACUGGAUGAAGACUCCACGUUCUCCCAGCUGUUCCCCAGGGAUGACCAGUUCAUCCGGAGGAAAUGCACACGGGUCUAUGGGAAGCGCAGCAAGAAACCCAACCCCGCCAGCGAGGCAAACCUCCAGCCAGCAGGUGCCAUCGACCUCUUCACCAUUCAAGUAGCGUCUAACCUCAGCAACACCAGCUCCUUCUGCGUCACCAGGGAGGACCCUUGUGAAUAUGAGACCAUCUCCAUUGACGAUGCCUUAACGCUCAACAUGUGUCACGGCAACAAGGCAAAGAGUGGAGAAGAUGCUCCUAGUGGAUCUAAAAGUGUUGUGUUGAGGUCAGACGGUGAGAAGAUCAACCAAGAGAAGGAGGUCAUUGACUUGGAGGACAACAUGCUAACCUUCUUGUGCGAAAACAGCCAAAUAGACAAUGUCCGCAGCAUGAACAUCUGGGGCAGUCUAGAGAAAGAGGACGAAAGCCUGUCUGCUGAAAUGUUUGAGGCCCCAGUGGGCCUCGAGAGCGAGCACUCAUUUGGAGAAAUGAGCUCCAAACCGCCCAACCUAGUGGAGGAACCCUACGAUGGCAGGGUGACCGAAGAUUCAGGCUCUCCUGAAUUCCACACAAUUGACAUAGAGAGGCUGAAUGCAAAGUUUAAAAUGAGAGAUGUGUGUUUCUUCGGCCCUUGUGAAGAUCCUUCUGGGGACAGCAGCGCCGUGAGUUUCAAGCCGAAGCCAGGCCAGCACAGCAAGCAUAGCAGGAGUAAGCUGGAAGAUGGGAAGCUGAGCAAAAACCGUGGUGACAUCACCAUCAAGACCAAAGACAAGCAGUACAAAUGCAAGGUCUGCUUCCAGUGGUUCCUGACACUAGGAGAGCUGGACUUCCACAAGCUAACCCACAACCCAUCCCCACCACCCACCUGCUACAUGUGCGUCCAGCGCAAGUUCAGCUCCCGGGAACAGCUGAGGGACCACCUGAAGGAGAAGCAUGCCAAGAACAAAGCAGGCCUGUGGGCUUGUGGGAUGUGCCUGAAGGAGAUUUCCGAUGUCUGGAUGUACAAUGAGCAUCUUCGGGAGCAUGCCACACAGUUUGCUCGCAAAGGGCAAGCGCAGAAGUCCGUGAUGGGCCUACCGUCUUGCUUCAGUGAGGACAAUGAUGCUGUCACCCAUUUCCUCAACACCAUCAUGUGUCGGAAACCCAGCAGGUCAUCCCGGCAUGCUGACUCCAGCUGCAAGCAUGCAGUGAGCAGAGAGAGCAGGAGCCCCAGGGAGCUACCUCUUGAGCAGGAAGCCAAGGCGAUGAAAGAGCCCUUAGAAAGCAGCAUCAAAGUGAAGCCAGCUGCACUCAGCUCCUCCAAAGCAUCUGCCAGCCCUUCUCCAGAGCGUACAUCAAAAAGUGAAGGCACUCCAAAAUCUGUCCCCAUGCACCCAGACUGCAAGGAUCCUUCCAGGGACUGCCAUCACUGUGGCAAGCAGUUUCCCAAACCCUUCAAACUCCAGCGGCACUUGGUGGUGCACAGUUUGCAGAAGAUUUACUUGUGCCACAAGUGCCCCAUGUUCUACCAGGAGACCAAAGAGCUUCGAAACCACCUCAGCCAGGAGCACGGGAUUGUGGAGGAGCAGGAGAUCAAGCACACCACGCUGUAUGCCUGCGAGCUCUGUGCAGACGUCAUGCAUGUUAUCAAGAAGUCGUUCAUAUGCAGCAUGUGCAACUACACCUUCUCUAAGAAGGAGCAGUACGACCGGCACAUGGAGAAGCACCUAGUGGGAAGCAACAAGACUUUUAAAUUCAGAGGGGUCAUGAGGCCCAGCAGUGCCUCCAGAGAGCGCAGAGAGAAGGGCAGGGAGGAUAGCUCUCUUCGGGAGGCUGUGCCACCGAGCAAGAGGAGGAAGGUUGCUCACCACAGCAGCUCACCUGCUCAUCUCAACCACACCGGUGAGCUGCAGUUGGUGGAGUCUCCAGCUGGCCCCAACUUGCAACCUCCUCCUUCCUCCUUCUCUACAGCCUCCAGGGACCCAGCGGUGCCUCUGCCCCAGACCUCGGUGAAAACAGAAGAGCUGGUGGGUGACUUCUCUGACCUGCUGGCAGAGAUGGAGAAAUCUCAGUUUGACACCCUGCCUCCACCCCCCUGCCUCUCCCCAUCUUUGCCACAGGCUGCGACAAGUGGCCCAGAGCUCAGUCAUAUUGCUGCCCUGUCCAUUGAGGAGCUGGAGAAAGGAGCGUUUGAUGGGAAACCACUUCCUUUCUUGGACUCACCUGAGUUUGGCAUUGACCUUGCUGGGUUAGCUUGCGACCAAGCCACAGACCAAAAGCUGUCUCCUCCACACCUCACCGAGAAAUGUGGCUAUACCGAUACUCCUAAACGAACAAGCAUAGGCAACAAAGACGAAUACAUAGCAGGACUUUUGGAAAAUCCUGAUGCAGCCACGGAUGCCAUGGAUGGGAUCCCGUUUCUCCAGCUUGCCAAGAAGGUCUCAGAACUUCCUUCCCCACGGGCAGAGGCUCUGCCAACUAAGGAGGCCCACAGGACGCUGUGGGGCAACCCCAGUGAGGUCUCCACUUGGGAAGGAGCAUCCAAAGCCACUUCUCCAGGGUCUGCUCAUCACCCCCUGCCCCUGAAGGACAAGACGGCGUCACCUGCACUGAACAGAGCUGCCAAAGAUUCGGCCCCGCAGAAGAAGACCGCGGGUGAGGAGGCUGCUCCUGAGGAGGGCCAGCAAGGUGGUGUGGUGAAGGACAAACCCGUGCCCGAGGCCAGCACUAAGGACAGCAGCACGAGCCCCAAGGACCACGGUGGCAACCCCAGCAGGUCCACGGGCCACCAAGCCCGGGGAGAGGCAGCCAACAACACAGCCAAGCUUCACCCCAAGAGGCGGAAAGAGCACAAAUCUCUCAGCCACCGGGGCAGCGCCGGCUCCCGGGAGAACAUGGAGGGGGAUGGCAAAAAGAAGAAAAUGAGGACACCGGGUCUGUCCAGGAGCGAGGGCUCUGGUGAGCUCAAACGCAAUGACUGGAGCAACGGCGAAGGCCCAGCCUUGUCCCCUGGGCGGAGGGACACCCACUGCAACAAGCUGCUGCCCAGGCCCAGAGCGGGCUCCCAGCUGAAGAAAACGGUGCCGGAUGCUUGCGGCCAGAAGAAGGGGGAGGUGCGGCACGCCAACGGGGACGUGCGGCGGAGGAAGGCCAUUUUGGGGAAGAGCCUCCAGCAGGUGUUGGCCAAAGGUGCGGUGCAGACCCCACGCGGCUCGCUGCACGGCCCCCGGCCCGCACGUGGCACCAGGCCCACCGGGCCGGCCAGCUACCGCACCGCCGAGUCCCAGAACAACCUGCUCAGCCAGCUCUUCGGGCAAAAAUUAACCAGCUUCAAGAUUCCUUUGAGAAGAGAUACUUCAGAGUAAUUUAUGGAAGUGACUUAUGGUGAUCCGCAGCUGCUUUCAUGGGGUUUGCAAGGGAAAAAUUAUCAAAGCAUUAAAUUCGUUUGUGUAGCAUGAUUUUUCUGUCUAGCUUAAAUGAACUUGCACUGCAGCCUCUGUGAAAUAGUUUGCUUUGUGUCUACUAAUCUACUUUAAUUCACCUGAUUUAUCAUGCAAAUGCUAGAACUUUGAUGUUGCUGAUGAUUUUCAUGAACUGAAAUUGUAAUCGCUUUGGGCAGACUGAAUCGUGAAGAGCAAUUUCUUUAUUGCAGAAGUGCUGAGGUUAUAAGGAUACUUGCAAAUCUCAGACCCUUUUGAGACUGUGUCUGUGUUAUCUUUGUACAAAGUACUUGAAGAGAUGAACUUCAUUCCGUAGACGUCUUAUUCAUGAGGUGCAGUACACUGUAGAAAGCAAAUUUUUUUCUUUCUUUUUUUUUUUUUUGUGAAGAUUUUGCACAAAUAAUCCCGUACGAUUCAUUUAAUUGGGAGCUGGCCUAAAGAGCCGGUACAAUUAAAAUAAUUAAAUUAAGCAUCAAGCAUCCCAUAUUUUGACAGCCAUCCCUGGGAAUUGGUUUCUACGCCGUCAGGAGAACCCCAAAGGCGCCGGGGCUGUCCGAGCGCUGCCGCCGUCGCUGCCGCUCUUUGACCACUGUAGACGAUGCGCACGGAGGAGAGCUGCCGGCACACUGCACCUUGACACUUGUGACAAACUCUUGUUUUUUGGACAGGGGGGGGUGGGGGUGGGGAGGGGAAAGGCUCGGAGAUUUUUAUUAUUUUUUGUUGUUGUUCGUGUGGGGUUGUUUGGGUUUUUGGUUUUUUUUGCGCAACGACAAAACUGUGCCAAUUUACCGCACCGCAACGGUACUACCCGAGUGCCCUCAACGGUAUCACUUCUACCCUAUCUUACUGUAUUGAGUUAGUGGCUCUAUAGGUAUCCGCUUGUACUAUGCAGUUACUGGUGCUAUUCUUCUUUUGUAAUGUGAAUACAGACUUCCUUGAUCGAGAAAUAAAGGAGAACCGUUAGGAAGCAGCCGUUACCUGGAAGAGAAAACAAGGCAGGAAAAUCAAACGUUAGGGACAAUCCUGUAUGCUGGUACUCCGUAGUGUCGCGAAGGUUACGACGUCACGCCCAACGAGCACGUUAUACAACCGAACUUUCGAACCAGAAAGAAAUCUCAGGUGCACACGAGGACAUGGAAGAUAACUAAAUACUAUUGAAACACUCCCAAGUCAAGGAGGUGAAGUAAUGCACUGAUGUGAUAUGAACAGUCAGAGUACUUUGCGUCUGUCCUGCAAUUUUGUUUUGUUUUGUUUUUGUUUCAGAUUUAAAAAGAAAAAAAAAAGAAAAAGAAAAAGAAAAAAAGAGGCUUUAUUCUGUUAAUAUGUAUCUUUACAAUUCUUUGUAUUGUAUAAAAAUAUUGUAGGUAAUUUACCUUGGGUGCAAUGUGUUAUGUCAAAAGUUUUUAUUUUGAUAUUUUGUCAGAGAAGCAGAGAGAGAGCAGGAAACGCCGUUUUAUGAUGUUGUAUGUGUGCUUUUAAAGUGCCUCUUUAAUAUUGUUAAAUAAACUAUGAGAUGAAAAUAUGGGGUGGUACUGUAAAAUCAUA